AGAGGGGUUUUGAGAGCAAUCUCAUCAGUUUUUGCUGCUUCUUCUGUUACUGCUGUUCCAUUACAAAGCUGCUGCCAUGUCAACACCAGGAGGACUCACUGAGACUAGGGUCGCCAAUGAAGACAUCCAGAAAAUCUGCAAUCUAGUAAAAGAUCGAGCGGAGGAAAUGGCAGGAAAACGCUUUGAUCUUUUCGGGGCAAUAAGCUACAGGAGUCAGGUCGUGGCUGGAAUCAUGUACUACAUAAAGGUCUACGCGCCCCAUGAGGGAAAAGAAAACUUUGUUCACAUUGAGGUUUUCGAAGACCUGGAAGGAAAUACUGAGCUGGUGAAAAUUCAAGACGGUCAUAAGUACCCUGACCCCAUUGAGCCCCUUUAAAGAGACUAUACAUCAUAAGAUUCAGUGCCUCUAACCUUUACAGUUAUCCAGCUUUUCAUUGUCUGAAAAUGUCUGCCAUGUGAUAUCUGCAUAAUCAUGUAGAUGUAGUUGUUCAUUCAGCACAACACAUUUGAUCAAAAUAUGUGCACAAUAAACAGAUUUGUUUAGA